AUGGUAACACAGGAUCGUUUGCCUUGGCCACCGGCUCGUCCAAUGGCGUCAAUGUCGCUGGCACCAUUAAGUUCACCACACCCCGACUGGUUCCCCGACAACAUCUACUUGGUUGAGCGUGACCCGAUCCCCGUCCUGCGCGCCGGCGUCGAGCACACGUUCAACUUCACCUUCCUCUCGGGCCAAGCACCAGAGUUUGGCAACACCAUCUCCAACAUUACACUCCAACUGCACCCAUGGUUCAACACGACUGUUGCACCAGGCGAUCGCUACCUUAUGCCAGACGACGUUGCCUACCCCUACUAUGAGCAUACAUUCCUCGGCAACCUUGGCCAGACCAACCAGUGGAUGGCCCUCAGCCACAAGUUCACCCCCAGCGUCGACCUCUUCUCAUCCGUGCUGCUGUUGCGUUGGUCUCACCCAACCAGAGUUACCUCGCACACCUUCUACAUCCAGUCCUCAUCGCUGGCCUUCCCCGCCCUCCCCAUCACCAUCCCACCCCUGCGUCCAUCAUACAACGAGUUGACCAACCUCCCAGUUCAGCCAACUACCACAGUGCCCCAGAGCAUCACCACAUGUCCACACCAGCAGACCGGACUCAAGCACUGGCACAACCCCGCCACAUGGCCAAACUCAGUUCUGCCCCACCCAGCCAACACCAUCACUCUGCCCGCCAACUCCAAGGUACUGAUCUCUUCAUGCUCACUCAAUUCCAAUGUGGUCUUCACCAAGAUCGUCAUUCCCGCCACCAGUCAGCUGAUCUUUGGUGAUGCCAACAUCACCAUGCGUGUCAAGGACAUCGUCGUCAACGGUCAACUCUGGGUCGGUAGUCCAACCUGCAGAAUGAAUGGCAACAUUACACUCAUCUUCCACGGCACCAAGACCUUGAACAACACCCUGGGCACCAAUGUCGGCUCCAAGGGUAUCUACGUUCCAACUGGCGGCUUUGCCAGCUUGCACGGAAAGCAAUAUACACCCACCUGGACACGUCUUGCCGCCACCGCCUUCCCCGGCGACUCUGUCAUCUCGCUCCAAAGCUCAGUCAACUGGGAGGUCGGCCAAAAGGUCGUAAUCACCACUUCCAGGAUCGAGGACGAGUACACCCUCGAGAAUGAGGUUAUGACCAUCGCCGCCAUCAAUGGCCGUGUUCUCCAGUUCACCACUCCACUCAAGUUCUACCAUUAUGCCGGCUCGGAGUACCAGGUUGAGGUAGGUCUGCUCUCGCGUCGCAUCAACCUCAUCUCCCAUCAGCCCGACACCACUGGCGACAUUGGCGCCCACGUUUUGGUCACUGGUGAGGCUCAGAUCGCUGGUGUAGCCGGCACCCGGAUGGGUCAGCGCAACAUCAUUGGUCGCUACCCCUUCCACUUCCACUUUGCCAAGACUGUCAAGAAGUCCUACAUCACCGACUGUGCUGUGAUCAGCUCAUUCUUCCGUUGCUACACCAUCCAUGCCACCAACAACCUUACCGUCGAGAGGAACGUUGCCUACGACGCCACUGGACACUGCUACUACAUUGAAGAUGGAGUUGAGGAGAACAACACAGUCUCGUACAACUUUGCCGCCUUUGUCCACUCUAUUGGCGCGCCAGCCAAUGGUGGCGGCCAAGGUGGAGACUACUUUGAGGCCAGCGCAGACCUCGCUCAACCUGCCGACUCGACCGCUGGAGGAUUCUACAUCACCAACGCCUACAACACAUUCGUUGGCAAUGCAGCCUCAGGAGGUUGGGCCGGUUUCAGUUUGCCCAACUUGGUCAAGCCCAUUGGCCCAAGCAGAACCGUUGACAUUGUACCCAAGGAGCGUCCAUUCAUCAAGUUCUACGGUAACUCUGCUCACUCUGCCGGUUACUUCUGGACAUUUGGCUCAUGUAUCUAUGUUGGAGGCGCUCUCUGGGAAGACGAGAACAACAACAAUCAAUUGCUCUACUUGUCUGGCCGUAAUGAGCGUGUUACCUACUUCUAUGGCACCGACAUUGUAACCUACCUACGCUUCAACAACACCAAGGCUUUCUUGACAACUGGCCAAGCCAUCUCUCACUGGGGCGCCUACGUUGAGGUCGACCAAUAUGAGGCUCAUGACAUUGGUCGCGCCGGAUCACUCUUUGGUCAAGCAUGGCUCAACAAUGCCAUCGUCAAUGCCAUGUCUGGCAAUCCAUUCGCUCAAGGACCACAGUACCAUCGCCAGGGCUUUGAGUUCUACGACACACUCGUCCAGACCGUGUUGACAAACAUCAACUUUAGAAACUACAUCCACAACCCAGCCGCAGAGUACAUUGAUGAGGAUAACGUUGUCUUCAUGUCGCUCACUCACUCUGAUGUCUACAAGCCCCAAGGUAUCAGCGCAGUCAGGAACAUCACCUACACCAACGUCAACCCCAGCCAGAUCCUCGGUCACUACGUUGUGGACUCUGGUUCCUCGCGUUACUUCAACUACAUGGACUGGGACGGAAGCUCCACUCUCAACUACCCCAACAAGACCCUGGUUGGCUCGCAUCAGAACUGGUGGAACCACGACAAGAACUGUGUGUUCAACCCACACAACAUGGGUGUCUGGGUCUGCUCACCCAAGCGUCCAGAGAUCGAGGUGGCCGCACUCGAUGUUCUCAUCGAAGGAGUGAUCAACUACAACGAGACUUUGUAUGAUGGCUACCCCGCAGAAGACAAGGUCGGCAACUUCUACCUGUUUGGCAAUGGAAUCACCGACAGACGUGUGAUGCCAGUUGCUGGCAACCCAGGAAUCACCGGUGUUUCCAACAUGGGAUGGUACCUCAACCUCAACAAGGGAUCGCCAACCUACCACAAGAUCAAUGUGUUCCAGGUCACCUACGGUCAUUGGAUCAUGUACGCCAUGUCAUUCCCAGCCGGCACCACCUUUGACAUCAGCACCACUCAUCCACGUGAGGAGUCAUUCAAUCGCACUGUGACCCAGGUUAGCACUUUGAACCAGGUGCUCAAUGGUGAUGGUACCAAGUACUACUUUGACCAAACACACUUGUACGUCAAGAUUGUUGACUUCUCGAUUGUGAACCCAACACCAAAGGAGUUCAGUCGUGGAGGAGCCAUUGUCUACGACACCAACAUUCCAUUCAUAUGGUUCGUUGAGUUGACCUACCACAUCACAGCCAACUGUCCACCAUCAACCAUUGUCAAUAGGCCAAUGGGUCAGUUCUGUACUGUCACUGAUACUCUACCAUAC